GAUGAUGAUAAGAUUGUUGGCGGUUAUGUCUGUAGCAAGAACUCUGUGCCCUGGCAGGUGUCAUUGAACGCUGGCUAUCACUUCUGUGGAGGGUCCCUUAUUAACAGCCAAUGGGUGGUCUCUGCUGCUCACUGCCAUAAACAAAAGGUGGAGGUCAGACUGGGAGAACACAACAUCUUCGUAAGUGAAGGUACAGAACAGUUCAUCAGCAACUCCAAGUCCAUCAGACAUCCCAACUACAAUUCCAGGACCCUGGACAACGACAUUCUCUUGAUCAAGCUCUCCACUCCAGCUGUUCUCAAUCAGUAUGUCAAUGUCAUACCCCUUCCCUCCAGCUGUGCCUCCAGUGGGACCCGCUGUCAGAUCUCUGGCUGGGGAAACACACUCAGCAGUGGCUCCAAUUAUCCAGAUCUCCUGCAUUGUGUUGAUGCUCCAGUCCUGACUGACGCUCAGUGUAACAGUGCCUAUCCUGGAGAAAUCACAGAUAACAUGAUCUGUGUUGGCUACAUGGAAGGAGGGAAAGAUUCCUGCCAGGGUGACUCCGGUGGCCCCGUGGAGUGUAGAGGAGAAUUGCAGGGUGUUGUCUCCUGGGGAUACGGAUGUGCCCAGAAGGACUACCCUGGAGUCUAUACCAAGGUCUGCAACUACAACUCCUGGAUAGAAAACACCGUUGCUGCCAAUUAA